AUGUUAUAUCUAAAGUCUAUGAUUAAGGUUAUAGAUAACUCUGGUGCUCAAUUGGUUGAAUGUAUCAAAGUUCUAAGAAAGGGUUCUCCACAAUCACCAGCUAGGAUUGGUGACAAGAUUGUCUGUGUUGUUCAAAAGGCAAGACCUCUAACACAAAAUAUCGUUGGUACAUCCAAUACCAAUAGAGUUAAAAAAGGUGAUAUUGUUCGUGCUGUAGUGGUACGUACUAAACAAAGAAACAUGGUUAGACCAGAUGGUUCUGUCGCUAGUUUUGGUGAUAAUGCUUGUGUUUUAAUCAAUAAAACUACUGGUGAGCCACUGGGUACGAGAAUUAUGGCUAACGACGGUGUUGUGGGAAGAGAAUUAAAAGCAUUAGGUUAUAAUAAGAUUUGUUCCUUGGCCAGCAGAGUGGUUUGA